AAAAAAAAAAAAACAGAUAUUCUCUUCGCAUAUCCCUCCGUAUUUUAUUUUCUCUCUCUAAAUCUCCAUAUUUUCUCUCUCAAGAACAACCACCAUUGGUUUUCUUAUCUAAAGUAGUGUUGGUAUUUAAUUUGAGGCAGGAGUUAUGGCUGGAAAAUUGAUGAAGUGCAUGUGCAUGAAGAUAUGCUGCAUCGGCGAACACGUGACACAGGAAAUGAAAAAGGACACAUACGAGGAAGCCAUUGAAGGCCUGGAGAAGCUUCUUAGUGAGAAAGACGAGCUGAAGUCGAUCGCCGCCGCAAAGGUGAGGCGGUUGACGGCGGAGUUGGCCGGGCCAGCUGAAAUUGGGGCCGUUGAGUCUGAUCCGGUUAAGAGGAUCCAAACCGGGUUCGACCACUUCAAGAAAGAGAAAUACGAGAAGCAAAUUGCUUUGUAUUGGAAGCUUGCCCAAGGCCAAACACCCAAGUUCUUGGUUUUCGCGUGUUCGGAUUCACGAGUAUGCCCGUCACACGUGCUGAAUUUCCAACCGGGGGAGGCCUUUGUGGUCCGAAAUGUAGCCAACAUGGUUCCAUCAUUUGAUCAGAAUAAAUAUUCCGGAGUCGGAGCUGCCAUUGAAUUUGCAUUACUAGAGCUUAAGGUGGAAAAUAUAUUGGUUAUCGGACAUAGCUGUUGUGCUGGCAUUAGAAACCUAAUGUCAGUUCCCGAUGAUGGCGCCACUCGAAGUGAUUUCAUCGAAGGUUGGGUGAGCAUUUGCAAGGCUGCUAAAGCAACGGUACAAAAGCAAUCGAGCCAUUUAUCUUUCGAUGAUCAAUGCACCCAUCUCGAGAAGGAAGCUGUAAAUAUAUCACUGGCAAACUUGUUAAGCUAUCCGUUUGUGAACGAAGCUGUUGUGAAGAAGAAAACGCUUUUAUUGAAAGGAGCGCAUUACGAUUUUGUCAAGGGUUCGUUCGAGCUUUGGGAUUUGAACUCUAAGACAUCCUCUUUUCUUUGGAAGUGAGUUUUGAGGUACUACGUUUUUUUCCCGUGCGUAUAUUGUAAGACUAUGGUUACGAAGCUAAUUACUUUUAAAUAUACCAUGGUUACGAAGCUUACUUUUACGCGACUUUA